AUGCGCUCGAACGCGCGCGAGAAGACGCGCAUGACGCGCAUGACGCGGUAUGUCCUCGUCGCGGUGACGACGUUGAGCGCGUGCGUCGUCUCAGCCGCGGAGAUCAAGCGGAACGGCGCGAGAGGGGUGGUACAGGAGCUCGUGUGGGCGGCGCACAGAUCCGUGAGCGAAUCGCGCGUCUUCAUGACUACGAACGCGCGCGAGGUGUUUUACUCGAGCGACAACGGGAAAACGUUUCAGGCGAUAUGCAAAGAAAACGUCCUGCGAGGAUGUGAGGAGCUGCGGUCGACGCCGAUGCUGAUCUCGCGAUUCGAUGACGACAGUGUCGGCGACUCGGACGCCGCAAAGGAAAUCUUGAUUCAAGACGCGGGCGGGAAAUACAUAUGGGCCUCGCCCGAUCUAGGAGACACGUGGAGAUCGCCGUGCGAGAAGGCGGAUGGAAGCGCGGGAUGCUUUGCAAACCCGGCGAAGUCGGUUCCGGGCGGUCGUGGGCGUAUCCUUGGAGCGAUUAAGCCGCACCCGAGACGCGCGGGCUGGUUCCUGGCCUUUGUCAAGACGUGCGACUCGUGGAAUCCGAGCAAGAAUACGGACUGCGCGCCGUUCCGCUUGCUCGCGAGCGGGGACUUCGGGAAGUCCUGGACGGACAUGAUGGCGAACUCGCGAGGGAAGAUUGCGUCCUUCAUGGAUUACGACUGGGGACCCGACGACGGAUCGUCUCCGACGCCAACGAUUUACGCCACCGCGUUCCGCAACGCCGCAGCGUUCACAGAUCAUCGAGAUGGGUGGGACUAUAACAUCGAUCUUUUACGAUCGAACGAUUUAUUCGCCUCCAUUGACGUGGUGGAACAGUGCGCGAACGCAUUUGAGAUUCUCAACGGUGACGUGUACUCGGCGUUGCCGCCGGAUUGCGAGGAUUUCCACAAGAAUCGAAAUCGUCCGUCCGCCAUCGAAUCGAGCGACGUCGUUUUGAAGAUCUCCACCGAUCUCGGUCAAACGUUCAACACCGCGUGCUUCCCGAUGAACAUGCCGAAGACCGGUUUUGUGAUUUACGACUACCACGCCGGCGACGCUGGACCGGAUUUCAUAUCGGUCGAUCACACUGAACAAAAUAUUAUUGAGGCAGCGGCGCCAAUGAACAAACUGUACGCCUCGGAUGAAUCGCUCCAGCUAUUCUCGUUGAGCAUGAAAACGCUCGUGCGUUCGCAGCAAUCGUUCGCCAUGCAAGACUUCGUCCCGGUGUACGGACUCGACGGUGUGUUUGUGGCGAAUCAAAUCAGCUACAAGGCGUUCAUCAGCGGCUUUCCGCCGGAGCGUUACAGCGACUUUUUCGAAUCGCGCAUCUCGUUCAACGGCGGCGGGACUUGGCACAAGAUUCCCGCGCCGGAGACAAACGCGGAAGGGGUCAAGUACCAGUGCUCGUCCGAUCAAUUUGACUGCGAGCGAUAUGGUUUGCAUCUGCACGGCGAGGUCGACUGGGAGGUUUCGGAGGAUUGGGAGGACAAAUUCGGGGGAGUGUACAGCAGACCGAGCGCGCCGGGGAUCAUCAUCUCCACCGGUAACGUCGGAGAUGCUCUCACAGACGACGUUUCACAAGUCAACACGUACAUUUCUCGCGACGGUGGCGCAACUUGGAUGGAGACUAAGCGAGGUGCAUACAUUUACGAGUUUGGCAAUCACGGCGGCUUACUCGUGAUCGCGAAGCAAUUCGAACCAGUGGACAAGGUCGAGUACAGCCUGAACGAAGGUAAGACUUGGGCCGCUAUACAGCUCGCUAGCAGGGUAUUUGUGCACAACAUCCGCGUCGAUCCUUCGGCCAAGGGACACGUGUUCAUCAUUCACGGCGCAACUGCCGCCGACGACGCCUCGGACCCGUCCCGUGGUUCGUACUUCGUCAUCAACUUUGACGAUAUUCUCGCCGAACAAAAGAUAAAAGUGUGCGCAGAUGGCGACUACGAGACGUGGAUGCCUGCCGCGCCCGGAAGUGGCGGGUGCCUCUUGGGGCAGCGGGUGCAAUUGAAGCGCCGCAAACUCAGCGUCGAGUGCUUCAACGAUGGCGACGCGUGGCGUGAAAAGCAAGUCGUCGGCACGUGUGCGUGCUCCCGUGUGUACGACACCGAGUGCGACUAUGGAAGUGAGCGCGUCUAUAACAUUCCAAACGCCAGCGACUGGCCGCAUUGCGUCACGAUGAGCGACGUGAAUACAAAAUGCCAAGCGCGAAGCCACGUGAGCGUGCGUCCGUCGAACCUUCGCAUCGUCUCCGGAGACAAAUGCUCGGGAGCCGCCGCCGUCCUGGGCGAUGACGAUCAUAAUGACCGACAUCAUCACCAUCGAGGUCAUUUAUUCUUCCGCGUUCUAAUGUUCGUCACCGUGUUUGGCGUCGUUGUGUUCGGAGCGCUGUACGUGCGUCAAAACUACGACCUCGGCACGCUGUCGACCACAUUCCCGAAUGCCGCGCGAAACGCGGUGAACACUGCGUACGACAAGGUGCGAGACAUAUUCGGGAAGCGAGAACACGCGACGCCGCCUGGAUACUUCGAGCCGCUCGGCGACUUCGCGGCGGAGGACGAAAUCUAA